AUGAAUUUUAAAAACAAUAAUCGUCUUGAAAUAAUUGAUAAGAAACCUAUUAGUGUUUUCAAUGACCGUCGAACCUCUGAAUCAUUUGCCAGAGACAUAGCCAACAUAAAAAAUGUCAGUGGAGAUUCAAGACCAUUUUAUGUUAUGGAUCUUGGAAGAAUUCAAGAUCUUAUAAAUUUUUGGGCAACUAAUUUACCACGUGUUCGUCCUUUUUAUGCUGUUAACUGUAAUUACGAUACCGUACUAAUGAAUAUUCUUAUUUCCUCACCAUUUAUGGGUUUUUUUGCUAAUUCAAGAGAAAUGGUUGAGAAAAUAUAUGAAUUUACUAAUGAUUCAUCAAGAGUUUUUUAUGGUAAUCCAUUAUUAACUGGAAAUAAUUUAAAUAUUGCUGUCAAAAGAAAUAUUCCUUAUAUAACAUGUUAUUCAUUAAAUGACCUUAAGAAAAUUUCAUUACAAUGUCCUGAAGUUAAAAUUGUUCUUGAGGUUAACAUACAAAAUGAUAUGCCAUCUGAAGAUCCAUCUGCUCAUAUGGGGGCAACUAUCGAAGAGAUACCAUCAAUUCUUGCCGCCAUAUAUAAAUUAAAUCUUCAUUUAGUUGGAUUUUCCUUUUCAGUUGGCCAAGACAGACAACAUCCAAUGGCUUAUCGUGAUGCAUUUUCUGUUAUACGUGGUCUUUUCGAAAUGGCAGAAGAUUUUGGAUUAGGAAAAAUGUCAUUUAUAAAUAUUGGUUCUGGUUUUUCAGCAUCAAAUAUCUUAGAAAUACGUCAAUUUAAGAAUAUUGCUGAUGAAAUCAAUGCUUCAAUUGAUGAUUUUUUUCCUUCUAUUGAAUAUCCUGACCUUUACUUUUCUGCAAAACCAGGAAAAUUUUUUGCUGCAUCUGCUUUUUCACUUUUAACAAAUAUUAUCUCUAAAGAUAUUGUUGAUGUUGAUGCUAUUGUUCAUGAACAAUUUUCAACUUCGCGUUCUGCUUUUAUCUACAAAGUUAAUGAAGGUUGUUAUGGAUCAUUUUCAUGUAAGAUGAACAAUACAAUAAUUCCAAAAUGUUCCCCAUUAUUUGAUGAAAAUAAUUCUGAAGAUGAACAACAUUUUUAUGGAAGUAUUAUUGGAUCAUCUGAUUGUCAAAGUGAUGUGAUUCAAGAAAUUUGUCAUUUUAGAAAAAUGAAUGUUGGAGAAUGGUUAAUUUGGGAAAAUAUGGGAGCAUAUUCAUUAUCCAAUUAUGAAGAACCAUUUGACUUGAAUUCAUCAGAAACAAUUCAACCACCAGUAUUCUACUACGUUUCCAGUGAUGACUGGCAAAAUAUAAUUUCUUCUAACAAAAUAAAAAAUCAAAAUUCAAUCGAAUCAUUGUACUAUGAAUCAUUUUCAAAUGAGUCUGUAGUAGGGUCAAUUGAUGAUGUUCAUUCUAUCACAUCAUCUGAAGAUUAUGAAGAUGAUGAUAAAAUGGAGGAGCUUCAAGAAUUAUUUAAUAUUUUUGAAUCUGUUUACUCAUAA